AUGGCCGGCAAAGGUGGAGCGACUCCGGCGACAUACUCGCCGUCUCCGACGACCGAUAAACAGAAACCAGCGCUUUUCAAGGAAGAUUGGGUUCGGCCCGAUGGCCGCGGUUUCCACCAGUGCAGACCCGCGUUUUUCAGGACUGGUGCUGUGAAUGCAGCAUCUGGAUCUGCUUAUGCUGAGUUUGGAAAUACCAAGGUCAUUGUAUCUGUAUUUGGGCCAAGAGAGAGCAAGAAGGCGAUGAUGUACAGUGAUAUAGGGCGUUUGAAUUGCAAUGUCAGCUUUACAACGUUUGCAACUCCAGUACGAGGGCAGGGUUCAGACCACAAUGAGUACAGUGCGAUGCUUCAUAAAGCUCUGGAGGGUGGAAUAAUACUGGAAAGUUUCCCCAAGACAACCGUGGAUGUUUUUGCAUUGGUGCUGGAAUCUAGCGGCAGUGAUCUCCCAGUUGUCAUAUCAUGUGCUAGUCUUGCUCUGGCUGAUGCUGGAAUAAUGAUGUAUGAUCUUGUUGCCUCAGUUUCUGUGUCAAGUUUUAGUAAGAACCUUGUCAUUGAUCCUGUUUUGGAGGAGGAAAACUGCCAAGAUGGUAGUUUAAUGAUUACUUGCAUGCCUUCUCGCUAUGAAAUCACCCAACUCACUGUUACUGGGGAAUGGUCUUCCCCGAAGAUUAACGAGGGAAUGCAGCUGUGCUUGGAUGCUUGUGCAAAGCUUGCUAAGAUUAUGAGGUCAUGUUUGAAAGAAGCUGCUUCGGAUUCUAAGGAGUAG